UCCUCUCCAGACUGUGCCUCUGCUGUCUGCUGUGGCUCAAGUCUCCAAGCACAUCUCUGCCUGCAGCCUGCCAGGAUGAGAAACCCCUGCCUCUUCCUGCUGCCCCUGCUCCUGCCCUUAGUCUGCACCCAGGGAGACGGCAAGGAGCUGGAGAACCCCGGCAAUUUCAUGGAAGAUGAGCAAUGGCUGUCCUCCAUCAACCAGUACAGUGGCAAGAUCAAGCACUGGAACCGCUUCAGAGACGAGGUGGAGGAUGACUACAUCAAGAGUUGGGAAGACAACCAACCAGGAGAUGAAGGACUGGACACCACAAAGGACCCUUGCCAGAAAGUGAAGUGCAGUCGACAUAAGGUUUGCAUAGCCCAUGGAUAUCAGAAAGCUAUGUGUAUAAGUCGGAAGAAGUUGGAACACAGAAUUAAACAGCCCAACAUUAAACUGCAUGGGAACAAAGAUAACCUCUGCAAACCAUGCCAUGUAACUCAGCCAGCGUCCGUCUGUGGUUCUGAUGGACACACAUACAGCUCUGUGUGUAAACUGGAGCAGCAGGCAUGCCUUAGCAGCAAACAGCUGACUGUCAGAUGCCAAGGCUCAUGCCCGUGCCCAACAGAAAACACUCCUACGACGACCACCACCACUGUGGAUACCAGCAAACAAGCAGAAACAUGCACUGGUCAAGAUUUAGCAGAUCUUGGAGACCGUUUAAGGGAUUGGUUCCAGCUGCUUCAUGAGAACUCAAAGCAGAAUAACACAGCAAAUCCUGGAGUAAAGCAAGUCAAUGUGUUAGACAAAACCCUGGUGGCCAGUUGCAAAGACUCAAUAGGCUGGAUGUUCUCGAAGCUGGACUCCAACAAUGACCUCUUUCUGGACCAAACAGAGCUGUCAGCCAUCAACCUUGACAAGUAUGAGAUCUGUAUCCGGCCCUUCUUCAACUCCUGUGAUACUUACAAGGAUGGGCGGGUAUCCACUGCUGAGUGGUGCUUCUGUUUUUGGAGAGAGAAGCCUCCAUGUCUUGUUGAACUUGAAAAAGUACAGAUUCAAGAAGCAGCAAAGAAGAAGCCUGGAGUUUUCAUUCCCAGCUGUGAUGAAGAUGGAUACUACAGGAAGAUGCAGUGCGAUCAGGCCAGUGGGGAGUGUUGGUGUGUGGAUCAGCAUGGCUCGGAGCUAACAGGCACCAGAAUACAUGGGAACCCAGACUGUGAUGACGUUGUUGGAUUCUCUGGAGAUUUCGGUAGUGGUGUUGGCUGGGAAGAUGAAGAAGAGAAAGAGACAGAAGAUGCUGGUGAGGAAGCAGAAGAAGAAGAGGGCGAGACAGGCGAGGCAGAUGACGGAGGAUACAUUUGGUAGACCCUGAACAGCACAUCCCUAUAUGGGCCAUGCCACCAAGUUUGGAAGACUGCAGUAAAUAGUUAUCAGAUGCCACAGCGAUCAGGAAACACAGCUGAAUGUACAUUAUAAUUCAACAGAAAUUGUGUGUGUGAGCAUGCAAGUGUGCCUGUUGACUGACUGCUUUGAAAUUGCAGCUCAUUUCCCUCCCAUAUUCUAAGUGAGCUGGUCUACGGCAGACAAAAGAAACACGUUUAUUCAUUUUCCUUUAAAAAUAUGGCUUUGUUGGCAUAUAAUCUAACAUUGGAUUAUCCCAUUUGUUAUCUCCAGAAUCAAGCACACAUGUCUGACACUCUUUGUCCUUGGGUUUAGAGCUAGUUUUUAGCCACAAGACAGACAUACAUUAUACAGUGUUUCUGUAGUUGAUGAUGGUGGAAAGAAAGUACUAAUAUGUAGGUAGGACCAUAAGAACUAUUCUCUAGCUUGACGUCUUCACUGGGGUUUCAAACAUUUGCUUUAUAUGAUACAUUAAAGAGUUAUUGCAAUCUCAGACAUUUAUGGCAUAUCCAUGAGAUAUGCCAUAAUUGUGCUAUAAAUGCUGUACCUCUGGGACUUGCAUAUAUCUCUAGAAUCGGGCUCCCCAACGUUGUCCAUCUUGUAUACAGCGGCCAGAGGUGGUCAGGACUAUGGAAACAGUUGAGUGUGCUGUGGUAUGCUGUUUCCAUAAAUCUCAUAGAAGCAAAUAUAAGUACAGAAACAGCAUAUCCCAGCAAGCUACAUGGUUUUCCUAACUUGUGAGAUACAGAAACAGUAAGCUUGGUUGCUUAUGAAGUCCCAACCACCUAUGGCCACCACAUCUAGGCCAGGAUAGCCCUGUUUUAGAUAGAUGCAGGUCCCAGAGGUGGGAUUCACAUCUAGCAGACAUUUAUGGCAUAUCCUGUGUAUUUGCAAUUGAUAUCUGAGGUGGGAAUAAUCAUUUAAUAUAAAACUCGUGCUUGCUGAUAAUUCCAUGCGAAAUGUCUUCUUCCUCCCCAUAAUAGUAAUGUCACAAUUAUGACAUUCUGAUUUGGAUGGGAAGUAACAUGAUUUGUAGACCUCGAGUCACAGUUGGUUUGAAGUCUACCAUUAGAGUUCACUUACCUGAAUAGUCACAUUAAUCUACUGUUUUCAUUAUUAUGUUCAGCAUGUCAUCACCAUUACUGAAUGAAUCAAUUAGAAUUUGCUUCCUAAAUUAAUUUAUCCUUUGACAACAGAAAUACCUAUUAACAUAUUUAGUAGAAUACAUCUUUAUGAAACUUGCAAACAGAAAUAUAUUGCUCAUCAUAUACCUGUAAAUAGUACAAAUAUGUAAAAAAUUAAUUAAAGAAAGUACUAUUUUUCCACCUACAUCUACAACAGUAAAAAGGGGCUAUUUUGCGAUCAUCGCAUUAUUGCAAUUAUGUGUUAUGCUACUUGUAGGCACCAUAAAAGAACAGUUUGACCAGUCGCACUCCUCUCCUGUUGAAGGUGCAACAAAUGUUAUUGUCACGACAGAGGGGAGGGAUAAGUGCUGCCCUAAACUCCACCCCACCUCUGUCCCUGCCUACUUGCACGGCCCGUCCUAACCGACGGCGUACAAAUUGGCGGCAUUCCCUCGCUUAGAUACGUGCAGGGGCCUAAGAAAAUAAGAGGAAUACCGUAAUAGAGUCAGGAAAGCCAAAGCAAGGAGGUCACGCAGGUACACAGGGAGGAAUACAAUUACGAGGUCAAAACACAAUCCGGAGUCAGAAGCCAAGAGGUCCCGUCAAAUCCAGGGAAGUCACAAGGUCAAGGUCAAAAACAGAGCCUAGGUCCAAGAACACAGAAAUGCACAAUAGGAAACUGCUGGUAAUGGUAGCAAGACCAAUUACAGGCAACCUGUGGCCAGCAGCUUUCCUGUUUAAAUAGGUCUUUCUGAUGGGUCAUGUGACGUGGCCAGCAUCACAUGACCUAUCCCCCGCAAUUCAGAACAGCUGAGCGCCGACUCAUCAAUAUUGACGCUCAGUUCCCCAUGUGCUUAUUGCCUAGGGGAUGGAGGAUGCCGGCCACGCCGUGGAAGCGUGUGCGGCCGGGUCCUUCCCGCCUCUGGUUGCCAUGUCCUCACUCCUCUUCACUAGCUGGAUGCCGGCGGCGCUGGAUGCCGGCUCCCCGUUACAGUUGUACAACAUUUUUUUAAAAAUUGGCAUUAUGUAAAAUUGGAGACACAGUAUGGGCCUAAAGUGCUCUAUGGAAGCCAAAUUAUGGAUCCAUAUUGGCCUUUGAAUCCAACAUGUUCUGCAAAUCUGUAGAGAAAACAUCAUAUUGCAAACAGUAAGUGGAGCAAUCCAAAACCACCAAUAAGACUGUUACUCUGAUUUCACAAACGACCACGGGGGUGGAGCCACUCCUCUGAAGAGUCACACUGGCCUGUCCUCUCUGGGCUUGAUUGAUGUCCCACAGACUUGGCACGUCAUCAAGGGCGUAGCUAAAGGCUCAUGAGCCCUGGUGCAAGAGUUCAGCUUGGGCCCCCCUUCCCUCAGUGCUUUGAGGAAAGAGACAUAGGCCUCCUGUUGCCUAAGGCAAAAAUUGAAACAGAACCCCCCAUGCCAACUUCUUGACCUAACACCUUCCCUCCAGCCAACUUGAACAUUCUGGGCCCCAGUGCAAAAUCUUUAAUAGAGCCCUCCCAGCAUGCACUUUCUAUAAUACCAGCAACUGCCACCUCUGCAACCCUUAUAGCUACACCCCUGUACUUCAUCAUAAGGCAGCUCCGGCAGCAACUGCAUGCGCAGUAAAUUGGCAUUGGUUUCAUGUGUGCAGUGUGCACAGACUAGAGGUGACAUACCCGGCUUGUGGGACCUCAGUCUGGGGACCUGAUGUGCGAGACUCUGCAGCCCUUACAGGUAAUUUUUCUAUGUUAUACUGGAUUGGUCAGAAUAUAGAAGGACAUCAUUGUUAACCCUUUACCACCAUGGGUAACAGGUUGGUGGUGGGUUGGGGGAUUAAAUUCUCCUGACCAAUUACAUUUAAAAUGAGGGAGGCUGAGUGGCAAAACCAGACACAACCCAAGGAAAAGAGUGGCGCUAUUCUGGAUAAAACUUACCCAUUUUCUGGUGCUGGACUAACCUUUUCCCAUGUGUCAUUAAUAUUUAUCAGUUACUUAUUACUAGACAUUUCCUUGACAUGCGAGGUUUGGGGUUUGACAUGUAAAACAACCCUAGUAAAACCAAAUUAUAGUAAGGCAACAAAAAUAGACAAAUGUUUUUGAUCAAUACAUCAGAAUAUCAAAUAUUUAGCAGUGAGGUUUUAUUCCUGGCUGCUCCACAUUGGCAUGCUCAUUAAUUUACAUAUUACUAGAGAGUGGGAAGGACAUCUCUUACAGAGAUUCACAUCAGAACAGAAGGAGUUAUUUAUCAGUCUUCAAAGUGCAGCGAUGCUGUAAGGAUAAGCAUACAUUAAUUGAUUUCUAUGGGACUUCCGUACUUUAUAACCACCCCCGUGGCUUAGCAGCUUGUUAACAAAAGAAUCCAUUUAGUCUUGUGACUUUUCAUCCUGCCGGCUACAUAUUUCAGAGUCCUGGCAGACAAGUGUAUUGAGCCCUUUUAAAAGUUGCUUUAUAAUGUUCAUUCUGCCUCUAAGCAUACUCUGCCAUUGGGACUCUCACCCUCAGCCCCAAAUUCAUACCAAAUUAAAUAGAAUAUUUUUAAGAAUUAUGCAUUAAUGACACUUCAUAACUAAUGGCCUUCAUGACAAAUCUCCUUUAGUUAGGGUCCUCACAUUUAAAAUGUAAGUAUUGUACAACUGAAGUAGUGGUAUCUUACCUUAAAAGGGUUUUCGAAGAUCUUUUUACUGAUGGUCUAUCCUCUGGAUAGGUCAUCAGUAUCUGAUGGGUGGGGGUCCGACACCUAGGAUCCCCCCAAUCAGCUGUUUGAGAAGGCACCGGCGCUCACAGUAGUGCCACAGCCUUCUCCCUGCUCAAUAAGCGCAGCGCCAUUUGAUAGCGGGUAUCCUUAGUAUCGCACUGCAGCCAAAUUCACUUUUAUGGGGCUGAGCUGCGCCUAAGCCAUGUGACCAAUAAAUGCGACAUCAAAUGGCCUAGGGAAAUCUGUGAAGAUAGAUGAUCAUUAAAAAGAUCUCAGAAAACCCCUUUAAUGACCCUCUAGUUAACAAAAAAAGUUUAACAAGCAAAGAAUAAUGCCUACAAUGUUACAAUACUUAGUGGCCUCCUCUUUAAUAUUUCUGCCACAGUUCCUCUGAUUCUCAGUACGGUCUUAAUUUUGGUAAAUUAGCCACCAACAUCUUAGACCACUGUAUAGACACUAUGGCAGUCAUUUAUGAUUUGAUUUACGCCCUUUUUUGAGUAAUUAGGUCAUAGAUUUUGCAACAAAAUCUAUGACUUUACUUCGCUCACGCCACUUUUGGCUGAAAAAAAGGGCAUGCCUUGGGCGGGCCGACCUGUCUCAUCCAUCAGUUUACACCAGUCUACACCAGUUAAAAGCAUUCUGCACAGGCGCUAACAGCAGGGGCCAAAGUUAUGUAGUAGCCUGCGCCUCAACAUAACUUAAGACCGGCGUAUAACUCGUUGGUAUUAAUAAAUGUGCUCAUAUGUUUUUCUAGCCUGAGACACUUCCACCCUGCUAAAUUGAUUAACAAAGAGCAGAGGGAGUGUCUUAGACUACCCAAAAAUUGUGUAUAAAGCAGUCUGAGAAGCUAGUAGUUAUUCUUUUGAAAUGAAGAAGUGGACUGGACCCACACCACGAAGAUUAAAACAGAGGACAGCAGAUUGUUUAAUUACGCAUGUCUUGUGAAAUUUUUAUUUUGGUCAAGAUGGUCGCUUUAUUGAGUUGUAUAAAAUUAGACAAACUUGACUGCUUUCUCUCAGAAACAGCACCACUCUUGUGAAUAAGAUGUCUCCAAUAUUGCAAUGUAGCAUCGUUAACUUGAAUAGGGCUGAGCUGCAAUACCAUACACAGCACACCCACAAGAGAGGUUUCUAAAACCACUUUAAAUGCAGGGUAGACCUAUUGUCAUUAAUUGAAUAAAGUUAAAGCAUAUGUGUAACAAAUACAAUACAAUUGUAUCACAUGAAGCAGCUUGGUUCAUUUGAGUACAAUUCCAUUCUCACCCAGUUGGUUUGGCCUUUAGAAUUAUAUGAGAGAUUGUGAGAGUAUUAUUACUAUUACAUACAUGAACAGAAUUGCAGAAUGUGAAUAAUGAUGAAAAUGGAUGCUGUGGAACAGAGUGGGAACAGUUUUAAGUUUACCAGUCAUUUAUCAUACAAUUGAUGUGGACUGGGCAUCAAUAAGUUCCCACAAUAAGGAAUAAAGUACAGGAGGCUCUUCUUCAAGGAACUGUGUUUUUUCAGUAGGCUACUUUACAUAUAUUUCAUGUGCACUGGAAUGAGAAAUCAUUCAAGGAUUGUAGCUAUGCUGAUAAAAAAGAGUAAGUGAAGGAAGCAGCAUCCUGGACAAACAUCCAGUAUGCACUAUUGUCCACAAAAGACAAGAACUAGGAGAAGUUUCCAAAUGGAAUAUUAGGAAGGGGUUCUCAAAAUGAAUUAAGAAAUGAAGAUUGCAGUCUGAAACUCAGUGUAAUUUUUUCAAGGUACAUGUAACCACAGACAUAAAUCUUUACUCUAGGUCAGAGGAGUCCUUAGUCUUUAAGUAAGCCUGAGUCCCUUCUUUAACCCUUCUGCUACUUGGCAUAUUACUUUCGCUUUCAUUAAUCACACUCCCUGAAUGCAUGUACUCUUCAAAUACACAAUCUUACAUGAUAUUGGGAAAUUGAAGACUAACUCAACAUACAGCAUUUCAUCAGCAGAUAUACCUAGACAUGGGACUGUCACUUCCAUUAAUAAGUUCUGGCUGAGUUCUGUGUGGGACACUGAAUGAGUGCACUGGUUUUUAAGGCUCCCCAUCCAUACAACCACCUGAACGAGAUUUUAGGGUGUUGUGGUAUACAAACAAUGUCUAAAAUAGGUCUCAUGUGUGCUUGAUCCUUAUUUUUAUGUGCUGACCUGUUGACAUAGAAGGUAUGUCUAUGAGGGUUGCAGAACAAUUGCAUGCAUGUAUCCGUACAAGCCUUUAAGAUACUUAAUUGUGUAUUUUGAAGGUGUCAAUCUUUUUCUUUUAUUUUGUGCUUAAAAACUAAAGUCCUGAAAGAUUCAAAUAAACAAAUACCGCUUUAGUCUAAAAAUGCGUCUUACCAUGUGCAAUACUUUCAAAAGUUAGAAUAAAAACCAUGUGUACAGUAGGUACUAGGACUUCAGUUUGUAUAUUUAUAAGUGCUGACAUUGUAUCUCUCAGUAAUUUUAGAUGUAAAAAAAAAAAAAGUGUUAGAAUGUAUAUGUACUAAUAGGGCGCCAAGUUCAAAUGUUUAAGGAUUCUUGCUCGCCGAUAAAAUUCAUCACUGUUCAGGCGACCCUCACAGUGUCUUUAACUGCCUAUUACCUAUGAUUCAGUGAAACUGAUAUACACUAGCAAAACUCAAAACAUAUUUUUAAAAAAUAAAUAAAAAAUAAUUUGAAAA